AUGCCGUACACAAAUGAAACUUUUGCUUCUCGCAUCUCAGAAAUAAAGGCUGAGUUGCCGGCUCAAAUUUCGAGUCGGACCCGUCAUCCUCCCGACGCUGGUUCGGUCGCUCAAUUGAUUGACCACACUCAGCUCUCCCUUUCCGCUACAGGGUCUCAAAUUGAUACCCUAUGCGACGAAGCGAUCAAAUACAAUUUCGCAACCGUUUGCGUUCGGCGCAAUUAUGUCUCUCGAGCCGCUCAGAAUCUCAAGGGAGCCCCGCCCAGGGUCGCCUGUGUGGUGGGGUUCCAUGAAGGAACGCAUCCAACGGACGAGAAGGUAGCUGAAGCAAAAGAGGCCGUGCAAUACGGGGCAAGUGAAUUAGAUAUGGUGCUUAACUACCAUUUGCUCAGAGAGAAGCGUUAUGCGGACGUGUUUGACGACAUACACGCAGUGCGACUUGCCGCAAAAGAUAUAGUGCUUAAAGUUAUCCUGGAGACGUCGCAGCUGAGUGAAGACGAAAUUGUUGCGGGAUGUGUGAUAUCGAUUACCGCCGGUGCAGACUAUGUGAAAACUAGUACGGGAUUCAAGGGGCCCGGUGCGAGGGUUGAGAAUGUUGCACUAAUGUCUGCUGUGUGUGGCAUCAUGGGAGGAAGGACCAAAGUGAAAGCUAGCGGCGGUAUAAGGACGGCUGAAGAUUGCGUCAGGAUGAUUCGAGCUGGAGCCGAGAGAAUAGGUGCAAGCGCGGGGGUGCAGAUUGUUAAUGAGCUGCUACAUGGAAAGCGAGAAGCUGAAGAGGAGUCGAAAUCAACAGACUACUGA